AUGGACUCAAACAAGCACCCCGUGCUUGGUAUUCCACCUUUUUUAACUUAUCUUCUGUCUAAUGGGUUUAUUGUUAGUUCCUCCAAUUCGUCUCUUUUUAUUCAACACACAGCUACUACUAUGAUUGUGUUACUAGUUUAUGUUGAUGAUAUCUUAGUCACUGGGAAUGAUUCUGCUCAUAAUGCUUCUUUCAUCACUCAUAUGCACAAAGCCUUUUUUAUGAAAGAAUUGGGUCUCGUCAAUUAUUUCUUGGGUGUUUCAGUUAGUCAAUCUACCUCAAGAUAUUUUCUUUCCCAAACUAAGUAUGCUCUGGAAAUUCUUGCUAAGGCUGGAAUCUCUGAUUGCAAAUCCUCUCCUUCCCCCAUAUCCGUCAAGCCUUCUUCCUUGUCUUCUACUACUGUGCCUUUUUCUAAUCCUUCUCUAUAUUGUAGUGUUGUUGGGGCUCUCUAA